AGGAGUAGAAGUUGUCUAGUUUGGCUGCUGUCAGUUUAUAUUACAAGUUUAUAUUACAGUUUAUAUUAUUAUAUUACACUCCUGCAGCCGCCGGCAGAUGGCGCUCCCCCUCACGUCAGCUGCAGUCAGACCUAAGUGAAGUCGAACGCACCCAACGCAUUCCCAAUUAUCAAAAAAACCCACUAAUUGAAUGGGUCGCGUAAUUAUCGCUAUGAAUUCUGGGAGUCUGUGCAACUUCAAGACCGCAGCUCUCGUGUUACUUAUAACAAGGAAGGAACAUUAUUCUAUAUUUUUAAUGGCGACCGAAUGAUUGAUUGAUAUAAUGUAGUGUUUCAUUCUAUAUCCUGUUUUGAUAAGAUAUCGACAUUUCGUAAACAUUCGAUAUACAGUUAAACCAUAAUUGGUCCGUCUUGUUUCUUUGUCACCCAGAAACUUCACAACUGUGUUGUGAGCGGAUUUUCAGCGCUUAUAUGUUUUUAAACUUGUCUUAAAAUUUUGUGGUACUUCUACGUUUCUGCGCUUUUGUAAAUGUAGAUCGUAUGUUUUGUCAUUUGAUUAAAGCGUUUGAAGACUUUGCAGCGCGCUGACACCAAUCGGCCACCGUAGCUUAGCAACCGAAUCAUAACAAUUCUUUUCCGUUUAGAGUUUUCAUUUGAACAUUUAAAGCAGCUCAGACUUGCAGUUUAUCAGCAAGAGAGAAGACGCGAAAGAUGUCCAUCGUGAAAACCACCGUGAAUCUCCAGAGGAUUGACUGGCUGCUGCCGAAAGGUGCAGUCAGUGUGCGGAUCGCCCCGGAAUACAUCCCCGGUCCAGUUGGCCGAGGACAAACCAGUUCCAGUGAUGCUGGCCGUAGGAAGAAGUGCCGCACCAGGCCGCCGGCAGCCAGCUCCCUGACCACGUCUGCCUCUCCUGGAUCUGCUGCCAUCCCGGUGGCAACCAGCAGGGGUCAGCAGGGCACAGGCCGCCGUAGAAAUACGGCGGGAGGCCGGUCAGGGCGAAGAAGGAGGUAUGACCAACAGAAGGGGUUAGAGCCUAAGCCCAGCUCACCAACCUUCUCCUCCUCUUCAUUUUUAUUUCCGUCUUCAGCCCCCUCCUCUUUUGUUUCAUCCCCAUUUCUUUUUAUGGGCUCCUCUGUUUUAUCCCCACACUUAGUCACACCUGUAAGCCCAGCUCCACAUCCAUAUUCAGCUCCAGGCCUGGUUCAUCUGACCCCUCUGCUUCAGGCUCCAGCACAGGCUGUAGCCGCCUCAUCUCACCUGGAAAAAUUCUAUUGGUUGUAUAACUAUUAUGUAACCAAGUACUCUAAAAUGACCUAUGACGCCAAGUGCUUUACUGAGUACUGGUGUCAGGAGUUUUGGAACAGACAUUUAAAUGAAAUUAACUUAGCUAAACAGGGGAAGAAUGAGGAUAAUGAGGGUACUCAUUCAUCCAAGAGGCGUAGGAUUGAUGAAGAUGAGUUCAUCUUUCCUAUUGAUGCACUGGAGCAGCUAAGUACCAUGCCCAGGGCUCAGGAGAUGGGUGUGGAAAUGGGCUAUCAGUCAGAUGCACAUAGCUACAUUUCCCUGUAGAUUCAGCACAUAAUUACACGAGACUUGUCAUACGUACUUAGGAUAAGAUAAAAAUUAGGAUAUGUUACCAUGUAGUUCUAUAGCAUAAGGUACUAUAGGAUAAGGUUAAGAUAGGAUAAGGUUAAGAUA